GUGAAUGUCCUUCUGGAUGGACUUCAUAUGGAGGUCGUUGUUUCGUGUUCGAGAGUGAAGAAAAGACCUGGGGUGGUUCUCAGCAAUACUGCAGUGACCAUGGUGGAGAUCUGGCCUCCUUUCAUGAUGGAGAUGAGUACUACUUCAUCAGGAGACUCAUUGAGAGAGCUUCUGGAACCAACACAAAAUCUUGGGUUGGAGGCACCAAGGACCAAAACGGUGACUGGACUUGGACCGAUGGCUCCGACUUCUCCUACACUCAUUGGGGCCCAGGGGAACCAAACAACGCAGGUGGACACGAGAACUGCGUGGAUAUGAAUUGGAAUGGACAAGAUUACGUCAACGAUGAAGUCUGCAGCCAAGAAAAUGCUUUUGUUUGUGCUAAAGCUGCGUAAAUGUGUCUUUGUUGUCCCGACAACAUGAUGAUGUCACUUCCAGCAGGAGGUCAAGCCUCGAAGACUUCCUUCUGGAGGACAACUGGUCAAAUCUGAAGUCUGAUUCAGAUAAAUACCAUGAAUAAAUGAACGU